ACUGGGCGUCACGUGAGCUGGGGAGCGGAAGUUAGCUCACAAGUGUCAUGGUGGCAGCAAACAUGUCAUUUGUGAAGUUUUAACAGGUUUUAGCCUUAAAAGUCAUCAAGUGGCGAACGUAGAGGUGGUUGUCGCCGAGUGUGACACCCUCAACGACUUGUACGCGCGAGAGAGGCCAAGGUUUGACCGGAAGUGGAGACUAAUCUCAUCGUCUGACUCAUCCUGCGAGCUCACAGAAAAGCACCCGAGUGAGACGUCACAUGAAUUAUGUUGUGAUGGUGAAUGAUUGACAGCUGCUGCUCAGAUGCUUGGAGGAAGACGAUCGAGUGGAAUUUCGGAUCUCACCAGGAAGACUUCCUCUUCCUGUGCAGCGCUGUGACGUCACAUCAUCCAAUCAUCUUUCAGAUCGUUUCCUCAAGACCCGGCCGCCAUGUCUCUUGACGCGACCGCGUCGGACUCGGCGGCGUUGUUCUCGGAUGACAGCGAGGUGGAGGGUGGGGAGGAGGGUGUGGAGACUGAGAGGGAGGAGCCUAUUAGCGGCGUGUCAAGAGUGCGUGCGGUGCUGACUGUGUUAAUCUUGUGUUAUAUCAACCUGCUCAACUACAUGGACAGGUUCACCGUGGCAGGUACACACCUCCAUCAGCUGACUAACACACGCCCACAACACCUUCAUGCUGUCAUAUCUUUACUAGGCGUUCUUCCUGACAUCGAGCAUUACUUUGGAAUCGAUGAUAGCAAAUCGGGUCUGCUGCAAACGGUCUUCAUCUGCAGCUACAUGUUCCUGGCGCCGCUCUUUGGUUACCUUGGUGACAGAUACAACAGGAAGUGGAUCAUGAGCGCUGGCAUCACCUUCUGGUCUCUGGUGACGCUCGCCAGCUCCUACACACCGAGGGAGCACUUCUGGGCGCUGCUGCUGACCCGCGGCCUGGUGGGCGUGGGCGAGGCCAGCUACUCCACCAUCGCACCCACCAUCAUCGCUGACCUCUACGUCAAGGAGUCCAGGACCAACAUGCUGUCCAUCUUUUACUUCGCCAUCCCAGUGGGCAGCGGUCUGGGCUACAUCGUGGGCUCGCAAGUCAGUAACCUCAUGCAGGACUGGCACUGGGCACUGCGGGUGACACCGGUGUUGGGGCUGUUGGCGGUGCUGUUGCUGCUCUUAGUGGUCCAGGAGCCCAAACGAGGCGCCAUUGAAGCCCGGUGCCAACAUGGGCUUCACCAGACCAGCUGGCUGAGUGACCUGCAGGCCCUGAGCAGCAACACGAGUUUCAUCCUGUCCACCUUGGGAUUCACGGCGGUGGCCUUCGUCACCGGCUCGCUGGCUCUGUGGGCGCCGACCUUCCUCUUCAGAGCGGCUGUGUUCACGGGCGAGCGAGCGCCCUGUGUGGAGGGCCACUGCCCGUCCUCCGACAGUCUUGUGUUUGGCGCCAUUACGUGUGUCACGGGCGUGUUGGGCGUGGCCAGUGGUGUGCAGGCCAGUCGCCUGCUCCGGACCAGAACGCCCCGGGCAGAUCCGCUGGUCUGUGCCGCCGGCCUGCUACUGUCGGCACCCUUCCUCUACUUGGCAGUCGUGUUUGCUGAGGCCAGCACCAUCGCCACCUACGUUUUUAUUUUCCUUGGAGAGAGCUUCCUGUCCAUGAACUGGGCCAUCGUGGCUGACAUUCUUCUGUACGUGGUCGUUCCCACGCGCCGCUCCACUGCAGAAGCUGUGCAGAUCGUCAUCUCGCAUCUGCUGGGAGAUGCAGGAAGUCCUUAUCUGAUAGGAGUGGUGUCUGACGCGCUGAGGAAGAGGGAUUCCUUCCUGUGGCAGUUUCGCUCUCUGCAGCUCGCUCUGCUGCUCUGCACCUUCGUGGCCGUGGGAGGUGGAGCUUUCUUUCUGGCCACCGCCCUCUUCAUUGAAAGAGACCGCCAUCGAGCGGAGAACUUCGUCCCGACAGACGACGAGCCCAUCGUGGUUCCGAAAAGUGGGCGGUCCACUCGGGUUCCCGUCUCCAGCGUUCUGAUUUAACGGUCAUUUGUAGGACACGUCGGCCAUUUUUAUCUUUCUGUUUUUCUUUUAUACUUUUUACCAUCACGCUGGAGCUGACUUUUAGUCCAAGUUUUUAUCUGCCAUCUUUUAUCUCCAAACGUCCUGUCUUGUCUUCUUAUUCCCUUUCUUUUUUCUCAACCAAAUAAACAACUUCAACUUUUAA